AUUUGGUCCCAUCUAACACAAAUAAAAUAAAAAUAAAAAAAACUCAAGUGCUUCAUUUCAUAAUUCAUACCCUUCUCAGUUCUCUGCCCAAUAUACAAAAUUUCAAUUUCAAAUCAAUCAAAUUUUCAAAUCUUUCUCUCUCCAACUUUCGCCAUUUUACCCCUCUUUCUACUUUCUCUCUCCUCUUCUACCUCAAUUUGAAUAUCUUUCAGCUCAAUUUGCGAUUCAUUUCAAUCAAUGUUCAUAUUUUCCAAUUUCUCUCUCGCAUUUGCCCUAAUUUCGUCGCAAAUUUGAAUUUCUAGGUUAAAGUUUUCCCCAAAUUGUUGCGAUUAUAAUGGAGAAUAACGGCGAUGGAAAGAGUUCAUCAACACACGACAAAGAAUGUGUUCGUGUUGCUGUAAAUAUUCGUCCAUUAAUUACUCCUGAGCUUAUUAUUGGUUGUACCGAUUGUAUUACAGUUUUUCCAGGCGAACCUCAGGUGCAAAUUGGUUCUCAUUCGUUUACAUUCGAUUACGUUUACGGAAAUGGAGGAACUCAGUGUUCUAGAAUAUUCGACGACUGUGUUGCGCCUUUAAUUGAUGCUUUGUUCAAGGGAUAUAAUGGGACAGUGCUUGCUUAUGGACAGACGGGUUCGGGGAAAACUUACACAAUGGGAACAAACUAUAAUGGGGAAGACAAUGCUGGUGGAAUUAUACCUCAAGUAAUGCAGAAGAUUUUUUCUGGAGUCGAGUCCAACAGGGGUUCUACUGAGUUUCUUAUUCGGGUGUCAUUUAUUGAGAUAUUCAAAGAGGAAGUGUUUGAUCUUCUUGACCCAAACCCACCUGCAACUUCUAAAAGUGAAGCAACAAAGCCUAGUGGGCCUGCGAGAGCUCCCAUACAUAUUAGAGAAACAGUUAAUGGUGGCAUUACACUAGCUGGUGUCACAGAGGCAGAGGUGAGGACAAAGGAGGAGAUGGCGUCAUACUUGACGCGUGGGUCUUUGGCUCGUGCUACCGGUAGCACUAACAUGAAUAGCCAAUCGAGUCGGUCUCAUGCAAUUUUUACAAUAGCUAUGGAGCAAAAGAAGAUCGCCAAAUGUUCAGAAGGGCCAAAUGGUGACACGAGUGAUGACAUAUUGAGCGCAAAGCUUCACUUGGUUGACCUUGCUGGUUCUGAACGAGCCAAACGGACUGGUGCAGAUGGAAUGCGUCUAAAGGAAGGCAUUCACAUCAACAAGGGAUUGCUAUCCCUUGGGAAUGUAAUUAGCGCGCUAGGAGAUGAAAAGAAAAGGAAAGAGGGAGGGCAUGUUCCAUACCGUGAUAGCAAACUCACCCGCCUAUUACAGGAUUCGCUGGGAGGAAAUAGCAAAACUGUAAUGAUUGCGUGUGUUAGCCCUGCCGACACAAAUGCUGAGGAAACACUCAAUACUCUUAAGUAUGCAAAUCGUGCUCGUAAUAUCCAAAAUAAGGCAGUCAUAAACCGUGAUCCAGUUGCAGCUCAGAUGCAAAUAAUGCGCAGUCAAAUAGAGCAGCUUCAGACGGAGCUUCUCUAUUACCGUGGUGACUCAAGUGUAUCUUUUGAUGAGCUUCAGAUUUUGAAGCACAAGAUAUCAUUACUUGAAGCAAGCAAUGCCGAGCUGCAACGUGAACUGAAAGAACGCAGCAUUAGUUGUGAGAAUUUAGCUCAGCGUGCUCUUGAUGCUCAGGUUGAAAAAGAUCAGCUGAUCAUGAAACUCGAAGCUGCAAGGAAGGGCAAAUCGUGGGAUGAGAUUGAUUCUUUGGGGAAUCAGGAAAUCGAUUUGGUCAAGAGUUACGUGUCAAAAAUUCAAGAAUUAGAGCGAGAGUUGGUGCGACUUCAGAAUGUGAAUGGAGUGAAACAGGAUGGUUUUCAUGAGUCUUUUGACUCAGACGAUGAAGUACUACCCUCAAAGAGUUCCUACUUAGCCAAUCUGAGUGAGCACUCAUCUGAAUCUGAUGCAAAAGAGAUGGCAGGUGAUGAGUUUCAAGAGAAGGAGCUAGAGCAUUCCUCUCUACAAGAAAAGUUAGACAUGGAACUAAAAGAAUUAGACAAGAAACUUCAACAAAAGGAGGCUGAGAUGAAGCGGUUUGCUGGUUCUGAAUCCUCUGUUCUGAAACAACAUUAUGAAAAAAAAGUUCUUGAAUUGGAACACGAAAAGAAGGCAUUGCAGAAAGAAAUUGAGGACCUGAGGCAUAAGCUUGGUAGUAUCUCAUCAACCUCUGAUGUCGGUGCUCAAAGGCUCAAGGAAGAAUACCUUCAGAAGCUAAAUGUACUUGAAUCACAGGUUUCUGAGCUAAAAAAGAAACAAGAAGCUCAAGCUCAAAUUUUGAGACAAAAGCAGAAGAGUGAUGAUGCAGCGAAGAGGUUGCAGGAUGAGAUACAUCGCAUAAAAACUCAGAAGGUUCAAUUGCAAAACAAGAUUAAGCAAGAGUCCGAACAAUUUAGGUUGUGGAAGGCAUCGCGGGAAAAGGAGGUUCUUCAGCUUAAGAAAGAGGGAAGGAGGAAUGAGUACGAGAUGCACAAAUUAUUGGCACUGAAUCAGAGGCAAAAGAUGGUUUUGCAACGUAAGACUGAAGAGGCAUCUAUGGCUACAAAACGACUGAAAGAGCUACUUGAGUCUCGCAAAGCUGCCCCCCGAGACGUCUCUGCUGCCGGUAAUGCCAAUGGUCCUGGAGCUCAGGCAUUAAUGCAAGGAAUUGAGCAUGAACUUGAAGUCACAGUAUGGGUACAUGAAGUUCGCUCUCAAUAUGAGCGCCAAAUGGAAGAGAGAACCAAGAUGGCACAAGAGAUUGCAAGGCUGAAGGAAGAAGCAGAAAUGCUGAAGCAGAAUAAUUUGAGUGAAUGCCCCGAAACCAUGUCCCCUGGUGCAAGAAACUCAAGGAUUUUUGCUCUUGAAAAUAUGCUUGCAACUUCCUCGAGCACUUUAGUCUCAAUGGCUUCACAACUAUCCGAGGCAGAAGAACGUGAGCGCGUCUUUAGUGGUAGAGGACGCUGGAACCAAGUUCGAUCUCUUGCUGAAGCAAAGAAUCUGAUGAAUUAUUUGUUCAAUUUGGCUUCAUCCUCCAGAUGCAUGGCACGAGAUAGGGAACUCGAUUGCAGAGAGAAAGACUCUGAGAUAAAGGACUUGAAAGAGAAGGUCGUCAAACUCAACAGUUUUGUUAGACAAAUGGAAAAACAAAAUGCAGAACUCAAGCUGCAGAUGCAGCAGGUAAUUGCAGUCUAUGGAGAAUUACGCACAUAUGACUUGCGACAGGGUCCUAGGAGCUCUGGAUUUUUCAAGUUUUCUGGUAACAGUUCAGAGCUGUUGGAGGAUAUGGAUACAUCUGAAUCAGAGCAUUCUCAAUCUGGUGAGGAAUCUGCUGACGAGUGGGUACAUCCCAUGUUUAUAGUAAAGAAAAGGAAUUCAAGGAAGGGAGGCCGAUCAGGUACUGAGUCACACUCAUUAGACACAGAUGGUGACGAAAGUAUAAAAAGAGAGGACUCAGUCGACGUUUCUUCAGCAGAAGAGAAUUCAACUACUGCUGUUUGCUGUUCAUGCAGCAAAAGUUCAUUUUGCAAGACCAUGAAAUGUGAGUGCCGUGCUUCUGGAGGAUGUUGCUCAGCAUCCUGUGGCUGCUCCGCAAAUAAAUGCAGUAAUAAAGAAGGUCAAAAACUUAAAGAGCGAGAUAGUGGCAAGCAACCUGAUGAAGUAGAGCACGAGCGUGAUCUUGCCUCACAAGGGGCAACAUUACUACAGAGUGCACUGGCUGAAAUGCCUGCUGAGCAACAUGAAGAAAAGGGUGCCCAAAGGAAGCCAUUGGCUGACAUUGGGAAUACAGCUGCAAAAUCAAAUGCACCAAAACCAAUUAAGAGGAAAAACUGGCGGAAGUCCACCAUUCAGCUUGUUCCUGCAGCGCCAGCUCUAGCGCAAGCUGAGAGUGUAGAGCUUCCGGAAAAGAUGGACAUCAGUGCAGGUGAGAACGUAGAAGCUGGUAAAAAGGUGGAAUGCAGUACUGCAGAAGCAAACAUCCCUUUGAAGUUACCAAGGGCCAUGCGAUCUGCUUCCUCAAACAGCAGCAAUCUUUUGAGAGUCAGGAACUCCGAACGUAGAGAAGAACCUGUCGUACAUAAAGAGUCUGGUGAACCUGCUAGGAGAAGUCCUCUACGGAGACCAAAGAAAUCUGAGGAAAAAGAAAAUUUCGGCCUUUAAUGCAUGAUGAUUUCACAACGUAAUUUAGAUAAUAUGUAGAGAAUUUGGAAAUUAAUGCCAUCACAAGCUUGCUUCUCGGAAAGCGUUUGGAAGAGGAUCGAUCGAUCCUCGAACAAUUGGUAAUUCUUUUUUAGUUUAUUGAAUCGAUGAGGCAACUAUUGAGUGGGUUAGAAAGAAAUCUUUUGUACUUGGAUAGAUUAUUUAGCUACAUUCCCAUAGUUUUAGUUGGUGUGAGUGUAACCUACAAUUGUUGUGUUGCUGGGAAGGAGCAAACUGGAGGUUUUAGUAACCUUAUUGUUGUAUUUACGAGACUACUCAAAUGGCAUAAAGGAAAGAGAUCUGCUUAUUCUUCAA